AGGAGGCGGGGGGGCCCAACACUUCACCACAGCAAGACUUGGGGGCCGCAGCUCGGGACUGUGUGGGGAAGAGCCCCGUUAGUGGCGGCGCGAGUCGGAGGGACACGGGACCUUAAAGCGGAGGGAGGGGACAAAAACGCCCGGUCCUCUUAAUUCCACUCCCUCCCUCCCUUCUCCGGUCCCGAGCUCAGCUGUGAAAAAAUAUGGGAGACGACAGGCCAUUUGUGUGCAAUGCCCCGGGCUGCGGACAGAGGUUUACAAAUGAGGACCACCUGGCUGUUCAUAAACUCAAGCAUGAAAUGACACUGAAAUUCGGUCCUGCCAGAACAGAUUCAGUCAUCAUAGCAGAUCAGACGCCGACACCAACUCGUUUUUUGAAGAACUGUGAGGAAGUUGGCCUCUUCAAUGAGUUGGCAAGUUCAUUUGAACAUGACUUCAAGAAAGCCACAGAAGAUGAUGAGAAAAAGUCUUCUGGACCCCUCGAUAUGUCUCUACCUUCUACCCCAGACAUCAAAAUAAAAGAGGAAGAACCAGUUGAAGUGGACUCUUCCCCUCCAGACAGUCCAGUAGCGAGUCCACAGUCACCACAGGCCAAGGAGAAGGAGAGUGCUUCAAAGCCUGUUAUCAUUUCUACGCCUACUCCAACCAUUGUACGCCCUGGGUCACUUCCACUGCACUUAGGAUAUGAUCCUCUGCAUCCCACUCUCCCUUCUCCAACUUCUGUCAUCACCCAAGCUCCACCUUCCAACAGACAGCUUGGAUCUCCCACCAGCUCUGUGCCACUUGUCAUGCACCUUGUGAAUGGACAGACCAUGCCCGUCCUUCCUGGCCCUCCCGUUCAGAUGCCUUCUGUCAUAUCGCUGGCAAGGCCUAUAUCUGUGGUGCCAAACAUUCCUGGUAUUCCCGGCCCUCCAAUUAUCAGCAGCGGCUCCAUUUCACCAUCAGGCCUUCCAGUGCACUCAGAAGCUAAAAUGAGGCUAAAGGCCAGCCUGACGCAAGGAGUUACUUCCUCACUAAAUGGCAGUGGCAUGGUGGUGGGUUCAGCAAGCACAAUGGUGACGUCUCAUCCUGAACAGGGCCAGAUACUCAUCCAGCACCCUGAUGCACCUUCUCCAGCCCAGCCGCAGGUUUCCCCAGCUCAGCCCACGCCUAGCACAGGAGGCAGGCGGAGGCGCACAAUGGACGAAGAUCCAGACGAACGCAGGCAGCGUUUCCUGGAACGGAACCGGGCUGCCGCCUCCCGCUGCCGCCAGAAGCGCAAGCUCUGGGUGUCAUCCUUGGAGAAGAAGGCAGAGGAGCUCACAACGCAGAACAUCCAACUAAGUAAUGAAGUUACAUUAUUACGGAAUGAAGUUGCUCAACUCAAACAGCUUCUGUUGGCUCACAAAGACUGCCCUGUCACAGCAUUACAGAAGAAAACACAAGGUUAUCUCGAAAGCCCCAAGGAGAGUUCUGAGCCCACAGGUUCGCCGGCUCCUGUCAUCCAGCACAGCUCUGUGACGGUCUCUCCCAACGGGCUGGCUGUCCGCUCUGCAGCCGAAGCCGUCGCCACAUCAGUCCUCACUCAGAUGGCAAGCCAAAGGACAGAACUGAAUGUGCCCAUGCAGUCACAAGUCAUUAUGGCUCCCCACUCCCAGUCUGCUGGCAGAUGAUGUCGCGAAAUGUGUGGCGUAGAACUAACCAAUAAGAACUUGCAGCUGGAGAGACUGAUCAUAACUAAGCCCCUCGAUCGAUAUGGGGUGGAUACAUUUUUGUUUUUUGUUUUUUUCUUAAAGUGAGUUAAGGGCAGCUACGGAGCUUCUAACUAAGUAUAUCCCCAUUCACAUCCUGGCCCAAAGUAGUACGAUGACCAUCCUGUUUCUAAAAGAUGGCUUCGAAAUCAGCAGCUUCGCCACCCCUUAGGGACGAUCGGCCGUCGUAUGGAGUCAACAGUCCACUUAGCCUUGCUCAGUGUGGUCUUAAAUGGUUAAUGUUCAGGUAUAAGUUCCACUAACACUAAGCCUCCUUUAGCUUGGUUACUUACGGUGCUUUUUAGCAAAGGGAAGCAGCUCUUGGAAGAGGCUGUGGCAUUUUGCUGGUGAUGCCCAUUUUUAUGAAAAAAUUUAGCACCCCCGCGGCUUUCAGACAUUUCCAGUGCACCCAUCACCACCGCUGUAGCUGGCUUUCAAUUCUGCACUUUCACACCAGGACUGCAGCUCAAGGCUCUGGAGGUGGUAAGCUCCGUAACCUUGUAGGUUUGAUUUCCCCCCCAUUCCCGACCGUUUUGUGAAGCAAGCAAGCAACCUCACUCGUAGCUGCUGCGGUUGAGGGGCUGUUGGUAGUUGCCGCAGUGGAAAUGGAAAACCUGUUGCACGCAUCUCAGACUGCAAAGUCUGUAGCUGUGCAUCUGAUCAGGAAGGAGUGCAUUAAUCGGUCACCUUUUCAUCGGGCACAGUUCCUAGCCCGGUUUGGCUGUGGAGGUAGCCGUCAGAAGUACGAUAGGAAGUACUUGGCGUUCCAGUUGCUAGGAAGAAUAAGCAGUGCUUCCACUGGGCAGAAGGCAGAGCUCUGACACUCUGUGCACCCACCCCCGCCUCUCCUGCAUCUAGCAGAACCUGACUAAAAUCAAAACAAUUAGGAUCUGUAUGUGUGCAGAAUAUGCACACUGACGGGGUCGCCCUAAGUUUGUCACCUGCUCAUGCCAAGCUAAGCUGAGCUGAUGUCAGAGUUGCCCUGCUUUUGAAGGAGAGGCGGGAAGCCUCUCCAUAGGUCACACAUUUGAAAGAUUUCAAAAAAACCUUUAACCCCUGCACAUUUCAAAGGAUCGUCUGUUGCAUUUAACCCUGUGAACUUGCUAAGACUGUGGCCUUAAAUCAUGGAGUGUCUCUUUCAAGGGCAAGAGGCUGGGAGGAGCAUUCUUCUCUUUUCUCUUCUUGCCCCUGCUUUGAGUAAUGAUGCACCCACUGCACCUUCUCCCAACCACCCCUUUCAAAUGCAGGACUUCUAGACCUUCUACACAAGGGUAUUUUACGGGAAACUAAAAAUCUUGGCAUUUUUAAAGGGCACUUGGGAGUAGUUUUCUUCCUGUUGCCUCUGCUUGUUGCCAAAGCGCAUUUGUAUGUGUGUGUGUGUGUGUGUGUGUGUGUGUGUGUGUGUGUGUGUUUCGUGUGUCUUUUCCUCAAGUUGGCCUUGAGCUUUUGCUAACUGGAUAGCUGUAGAUAUCUAGCCUGUAUCCCUAGCAAGCGGGAAGCAAGCCUGUGACAAUUAUGCUGCCGCUGUUAGAAGAGAAGCCCAUAAAUGCCAACAUUUCCUUCAUGUCAUCUUUCUUAAAUAUGUUUUUUUUAAAAAAAAAAUCAUUUGAAAGCAUUCUGUUCUUUUUAAUGGGCUUUGUGCACCAUGCUGCCAAACCGCGUAAGGUUCACCAUUAAUGACUUUUUAAAACCCCAGUUUUGGCAAAUUUGCCCAUUAGAAUAUACAUCAGCCUAUUCAAGAAUCUCGGUAUCAAUUGCACAGUGUGCACACGACGGGUCUUGUGCAGAUUUUCCACAGUAGAUGAUCUCCCUUGUCUUCCUAGCUUCUCAGGGCCUCGACAUCAUUGCUUUUUGACCCAUUUCCUUGCCUCUUAGCAUGAUCUCGGUUCUAGUCACUUAUUCCGUGACCUUAUAUUUAUCCUUUCUCCUCCUGGGUUCCUUUUCCUUCCCCCUUUGUUUAAAACCAGCAAGAAACUUACUCUAAAUGUCUGCAGACUUCCUUUUAGCAAGCAUUUCAGACAUCCGGUCACUUGUCUUCUGUCCUCCAUCCUGCACCCCCCCCCCAGCCUUCCCCCUUAUUUGAUAUGUUGAACAUGCACAGAGGCAAGUACUUUGAAUAUAACUUGUCCCAACAGGGUAUCUGUUUCCUUAGUGACAGCUCUGAUAACAAGACACAGCAGGUGCAGCAGCCAGGAUCCUCUAAGGAUAAUAGAACAGGAAAGGAGCUUGCUGGCUAGAGGACAGGUUGUAACUCCCCCCCCCCUUUGGCCCCUUUCAAAGCCCAACAAUGCUGUGUUUUCAUUUUAAAAAAUCUCAGAAUCCUUUUCCUGGUUGAAUGUAUGCCAGAAAAAAAUUAAAAGGUAAGGUCUUCAGCGUGGUCCUGCUUUCUAGGGGAAAGGGGAUUGAGGUAAAGUUGAAUCCAAAAUACAGUGGUGCCUCGACUUACGAAUUUAAUCCGUUCCGAAAGGCACCUUCGUAGGUCGAAAAAUUCGCAAGUCGAAAAACGCCAUCGUAAACACGAUUUCCCAUAGGAGUGCAUUGGAAACGGAAAAAUUCGUAAGUCGAAGCAACCCUAUCUAAAAAAUUGUAAGUUGAAAAAUCGCUAUCUAAAACCACCGUGGUUUCCUUUCGGAUGCCAUUAGCCCCAUUCGUAAGUCGGAAAAUUCGGUUGUCGAGUCGUUCGUAAGUCGAGGUACCACUGUAUGAAUUGGUAUCACAUCUCUCAUUAACAGACGCCGUGCUCUUGUGGGAGAUGAUACCUGAAGCUGAUUCUAGUAUUAGUCAUACCACCAGCCCUCCUAACUGCGUACUGUUGAUUCAGGUGCUCAGUGGCUCCUCAGAAGAGGCCUCCUUCAGCGCUGCUCCCUGAGAUCCCUUUAGCUGGAAAUGCUAAGGACUGAAUCCCUGCAUACAAAGCACACGCCCUGUGCCCCUUUUACUAUGGCCUCCAUCCGCAUCAGAAUCUGCUAAACAGAUUUUGAUUGGGCGUUCAAUAGAAAGUCACCUUAAGCCUGGCUCUAGAGCAGCCUUUCCAUAACUUUGGGUCUCCAGUUGCUGUUGGACUACAAAUCCCAUCAUCCCCAAGCCAGUGGCCAGGGGUGGUGGCAGCUGUAUAGGCAUCCCCCCAUUUACGCAGGGGUUAUGUUCCAGGUCAUCAUGCACAUAAGCUCAUUUCAUCCUCUUCGAGUGCCAAACACGGCAUGCGCAGUUGCACAUGCAUCAAACUCGCACAAAUUGAGAGUUGCCUGUAUUCCAAAAACGUCCGGGGACUCAAGGCUGGAGAUGGCAGCUGUGGAGCCAUGGGAAAGAGAUUGUGCCCCUUGCUGCCUGCCUCUCAGGGAUUCCUUGUCUCUGCCCCAUCCUGCUGCUGCCAGUGGCUGCCGCAGCCCUACUUCCUACGGGCCAUGUUUCCUUAAGGUACAGUCUAGCAGUGUGCGCAUACGUGCGCAGCCACGAUACAUAGCAAGAAAAGGCGCAGAGACAACAGCCAUCAGAGAGAAAGGGAGACUUUGUAGAUGGCAUUACAGUGGCUUGAAUGGACUUUGAAUGGUCCACAAGCUGCAUGUCGAGGCAAACCGUUUCCCUGUGAUAGCGCUUAUGUAUCAAGUAUAUUAUCCCACCAGUCCCAUCUUGAACCGAAUGAGCACAGCCUAGCUCCAUUAAUGCAGUUCUUUAAUAGCUUAACACAUAGAUAUGACAGAAUUCAAAUUUCCUGAGCUGAGAAAGGGGAUCGGGCAGUUUUAUUAUUUACUUUUAUAAAAUGGCUUCUCCCUUUCCCAUGCCCCUGUCGCAAGGUGGCUGCCUCUUUCCUGUCCGUGUGCUUCUGGGGAAUGUGGCGGUGAAUUGAUUAUGAGGGUAGGGCCUAUUGCAUGGGCCUUGGCCAACCAGUUGUCAGCCUGCCGGGAGGGAAGAGUGCUGAAGAUGUACACAACUUGCUCUGCAAACACUGUAACAGUGUUCUCACACAUGGCAGUGUGAGAACUAACACCAAGGGGAAGGAGUAAGCCAAAAAGUAAUUCCUUUGAGCUAAGCAGAUAUUCCAUGAAAUAACUGCGCAUGUCUCUAGCAUAGGGGAAAUGUGGUAGUAAUGAGAGCUGUAUUGGCUGUGCAUUAUAUGUUGGAAACCAACAGCUGAUUUACAUAGUCUGGUUCAAGCAACCUAAUUUUCUACCAAAUUAUUUUCUGGCAUUAUCAUAGAGGUAUCUGGACUUCAAGUCUUUUCAUCCCAUAGCGUUGAACAUGAUAACUGGGACUGAUGGUCCCAACAUACUGAGAGACCCUUUCAGCAUGCCCAAGACUUACUCAACAUUUCCUUUUAAAAUACUACAGUGUUAGUAAAAAACAAAACAAAACAAAAACCCAACCCUAUAGAUGUUGUUGGGUAUCUCCAGCUGCUUCUUAAAGAAUCAUGCUUAGAGCACCUUCCUGUCUUAAAAGAUGGAAAGAUAAUGUGUGCGCAUCCCUCUGCUAAUAUCCCAUUCUGUGUCUAGUGCUUUAAAUCAGCCACACACACACACACACUGGACAUGUUCUUCUCAACAUAGAAGAUCAAGUGCUUAAAGUGAGCCUUGCUCUUCUCCCCCCACCCCCCACACACAGAGAUGUUCAGUGUGAAUUGUUGUUGUUGUUGUUUAGUCGUUUAGUCGUGUCCAACUCUUCGUGACCCCAUGGACCAUAGCACGCCAGGCACUCCUGUCUUGCACUGCCUCCCGCAGUUUGGUCAAACUCAUGUUCGUAGCUUCGAGAACACUGUCCAACCAUCUCAUCCUCUGUCGUCCCCUUCUCCUAGUGCCCUCAAUCUUUCCCAACAUCAGGGUCUUUCCCAAGGAUUCUUCUCUUCUCAUGAGGUGGCCAAAGUACUGGAGCCUCAGCUUCACGAUCUGUCCUUCCAGUGAGCACUCAGGGGUGAUUUCCUUCAGAAUGGAUAGGUUUGGUCUUCUUGCAGUCCAUGGGACUCUCAAGAGUCUCCUCCAGCACCAUAAUUCAGUGUGAAUAGGUUUGCCAGAGUCUGCCUUUAUAGGAAAUUUGUCUGACCCAAAUUUGUCUGACCCAAAGACGUGACUUUGUAAACCCCCCCUCGCCAGUCCUCCAUGGUAAAGGGGAGAUAAAGGGCAUUUUUCUCCUCUGUAGGAAGAGCUGUCCAUUGUUUCUAAAUCAGGAACACUACUUUCCUAAUUCUUCUGUUGUUGGGACCUGCCUUCCCCUAGGAGAAACGCCUAGGCACAACCCUGCCUGUGACAUUGAUCAGUGGGUACCCUCCCCCCCCCAACCUUCCUGCUUUGGCUUCUUGCUGACCUGAUGCUGAAAUCUCCUCUUACCUGUUCUCUCAUGCCAACAGAAAAGUGGAAGAAGUGCCUUUUAUGUCACUAGGCUCUGGGCCUAACCUGCUAUAUAGUUUUUUGUUGUUGUUGUUUUGCAAUUCAUGCAUACUGGGGAAUGCAGUUGCAUAAUAUAAAGCAGAAGAGAGAUUUCAGAACCCAGCCUUAGUCGUUCCUUCACUCAGUUGCCUGCUCCCAAUCCCCCUGUGGUGCUAGUAAGUAGUAAAAACCAUUAGGCUUGUGACAAACUGGCAUGGUGGGAGUUAGUCCCCAUCAUUAACCUUAUUUGCUAGUUACAGGUAGGUAGCCGUGUUGGUCUGAGUCGAAACAAAAUUAAAAAAUUCCUUCAGUAGCACCUUAAAGACCAACUAAGUUUUUAUUUUGGUAUGAGCUUUCGUGUGCAUGCACACUUCUUCAGAUACAUACCAUAGUGUGCAUAGCAAGCUUUGAGGUUGGCCCCUUGACCUUCUUUUCAAUAGACAUUUCUCUGUUAAAUACAGGUUUUUUUAAAAAAAAACAAUGACUGGCAACUGCAAAUAGAAUGCUUUCUUUUCUCCUUUCUCGUCUGCUAUGCACACAGCUGGAGAUAUUUCUCCUUUGCUUGCCUUCCCUGAACAGCCUUUGGAUGAGGUUCGACACCCUUCUGGAUAUUCCUUUCAAAAUCUCUAGCUGGAGACAAUCGUUUACCUCAGUUUUGGGUUUUGUCUUCCUUUUCUUUAGAGUUCCUUCAUCCCCUGUCCAUCUCUCUCUCUCUCUCUCUCAGUGAAAAGUACUUUUCCCAACCUGGUGUCUUUAGCUGCUUUUAUAUAACAUAUUUGCUCCCUUCCCUUUCUCUGAAGAACUCUCUUUUAAAAAAAGAAAGAAAAGAAAAGAGCUUAAUUCACACAGUUUUGGUUCCAUUCGAACAAUAAAUCAUUCGGUCUCACCAUCGCACCUCCAUCCCGUUUUACCAACUACCCACAUCUGAGCAGUUUGCCAGAAUCCCUUCCCUCAGAAGGGAAGAGUUGCCCUCUCACAUUGCAAACUGUGCAGUGUGUUGAAAGAAACUCCAGGCCCUGCUCCGUGCCAUAUUCAGUUUGCUAAUUUACAGGCGUGCCUGCCCUUUCCACAAAAUUGUUUCCUUUUUGAUAGGAUACGGAAUGUUUUGGCUGGUGUGUGUGGUUUUUAGCCCUUGUGCUUGAUCCACAUUUCAUUGAGGUGGUGGUGGGGAACGGCUCUGCUUUUCUGGCUUAUAUCUUGCAAAUAAUGUAUUACGACUUGGAAUGCUGUUCCUCCUGAGCCUAGGGUGUGUUUACGUACGUUCAGAAGAGCAGAAAUUGAAUCCAGGUAUUCGCAGGCAGCCCUUUCCAUAGUUUAGAUGGAAUAGAACAUGAAGGCAGCUGGAAAGUCGCCGGGCUGCUUCAGCCUUCUGGAGUGGCCAGUACAAAACAAGAACGUCCUCCUCCUUCCCUUCACCAUUUAAGGGUGCCCAACCAGAGGGUCUUGCCCAGUCCUGGCUCUGCCUUUUGGUAAUGUAGGUAAUGCCGUUUCCCAUGUGCUCCUUUCCUCUUGUGCUUCCACCCCACCCUUACAAUCCACAUGCCAGGAAUAGUCGGAAAACUCCAUAGCUGCCCCAGAUGGGAUAGAGGCUGAGCUAUCACAUAAGGCUAGCACAUUUCUCAGGCUUCGUUGAAUGGGUUUACUGUGCCUCUCCUUCCUCACCUGCUCCUUUGUAACUCCUAACAUGUUCCCUCCGCUCUCGGGCGCAGUAGGCCUCUCUGAAUUCCAGUUGCAGGGAGUUCCGUCGGCAUCUGGUUGGCCACCAUGAGAACAGGGCCCUUGGCCUGAUCCAGCAGGGCUCUUUGCAUGUUAAGCGGAAGUUCGUUAGCAGGGGGGGGGGGCAUGGAGGCCUAAUAAAGGUGAAAGCUGGAGGAGGAGGAGCAGUGAGAGAAAGCACAAAGUUUUAUCUUUUGAUUGACAUGUAAGUUGACAUGAAGCUUUGGAAGAAGAAAACUGAAGAUCCAGCUACAUAUACUAGGUUGCAUUCACUAGUACUUUACCACUAAAACUAUGAACGAAACUAGUCCUGCCAUUUUUUAAUUUUUUAAAAAAAGUUUGCACUGGAAUCGUUUUUGCAUUUUCCAGUUUUUCUUGUUUUUCUAUACCCAACCCACCCUUCCCCUCGGUACGAAAUGCAUAGACCAAAGAGAAGCGGAAGUUUUCAAUAUGGCCGGACCAACAAAGAGUCCUCAAAGAGACAAAUUUGGUCCCUAGUCCACGAAAGCUUACGCUGUUUUACGAAUUUGCUAGUCUGUAAGGGGCUGCAGGAUGCUUCCUUUUUGUUGCAACAGAUUUGACAUGAGUGUCCUGGGAAUCUAAUUAGGACUGCGUGAAUGGGUGCUGCAGAUGCAAAGUGGUAAAUGCUGUCUGGCCACUGUGGGAAGCAAGAAAGACCUUUGGUCGGAUAGAACUGGAACUCAGCAAGUGGUAGAACUCCUGUUUCCAGCUCUGUUCAAAAAGCAGGCAAGGUAACUUUGUGUGUUCUAGAAGGAAAAAAAUGGAGGAUGCAACAGCAGUAGGCAGAAGAAACUGGGGAAGAGAUGACGCUGGCAUUGAUUGGCUUGCCUUAAGUUGAGGGACUCAGCCCCUACUUUAUGUAAGGAUUGAACAAAGACAUUUGCACUCUGAAUAAGGGUUUUACAGCCAAAAUGCAUUGGAUUUCUGCACCUGAUUUCAACAGGCUGCGUCUUCGAAACAUGCAGGUAUAUA